ACAAUCUACUUUGAAAAGGAAAAGUGACAACUUCAAUUUUCGAAGACCCAAGGAAGAAAACAAACUAAAAAAGUCGGUGAAGUAUGGUAUUUGUAGAACAACCCUGUAUAGUACAUUCUGUAGAGUGUUAGAGAGAGAGAGAAACAAAAGUGAGUGAGUGAGAGAGAGAGAGAGAAACAGAGGGAGAAACAAAGGAACGAUCUUUGAGAUAUAACUUCGAGCAGUUGCAGUGGUCUCUGAGUGAAUUUCUGAUCUGGGGAUUUUGGCAAACCGGAAUGGAGAACCGGGUUUACAACAACUUUCGAGUCUGCUCAUCAACUGAGGAGAUUUUCUUCUUCCUCAAGAGCAUCCUCUGUGCAUGAUGAUGUGAAUUCGUUGGUCGUCAUUAUCAUCUACAUUUUUAGAUUUUGUUUGUGAAAGGAAUCCGAUGAUUGUUUUUAAUGGUAGAUUGAUUUGAGAAAAGUUUAUUAGAUUAGUUAUAUUCUUUCAUUCUUUUAAUUCAAUAUACAUUUAGGGGUGGGGAUUCAUUUCAUUUUUUUUUUCUAUUUCUUUCUCUCAACACUGCAUAUUAAGUCACAAAAAAAACAUUCUUUCAUUUGAUUUCACAAAAAUUCAUUAUUCAUCUUCAUUUAGGACUAUUGGUUAUAUUUCAUUUCCCAUCGGAUUCCAUUUUUUUCAUCAAUUGUUGUUUGUGCAAACACACACACACACACUUAGACAUUUGGGUGGGUUAGAAUAUUGUAGAGGAUGUUGGCAGGUUGUUCAAGUUCAUCAUUGUUGUCACCGACCCGAAGACUAAGGAGUGAAGCAGUAGCAGCAACAGUUUCAGUACAUUUUCCCAUGAACACACAGAGACUGGACUUACCCUGCAGCAGUAGCUUCUCCCGCAAGGAACCGAUUGAGCGCAAGAGCGGUGGAUGUUCCCUUAAGCAAAGCAUAAAGCUUCCACCUUUGGCAACAACAAGAGGAAACACAGAAGGGUUUUCAUGGAACAACGACAACAACAUAGUGAAGAAGAAGAAGAAGAGUUUGAAGAGAUUUGCGGAGGAGAACAAGGAAGACAAGUCUUGUCUGAGCAGAGUGAAGAGGCAAAGAGGCGGAGAUGAUGAUCACAACAGGGGUUUCUGGUUUGAACAUCUCACCACGCAGAACUCAUCUCAAGCAUUACCCUUUUCCUUGACAUGUUCAGGUGAUGACUAUGAAGAAAAGGUUUGGUUUGCGCCAAGCGAAGUGAUCUCUCAGCCUUUACAGAGUAAUAAUCCAAACUGGGCUAACUCGGUGAUAACCACCGAGUUAGCUGGUUUAGGCGAUAAGGACAUUGACAGUAGUAGCCGUCCUGCAGCAGUUAAAGAAGCUUCAGGAUCAUCAACAAGCGCAUCAUCAGACAGUCGACACAGAGUACCAGAACCCACAAAUGGUUCACGGAAUCAAUAUUCACACGGAGGAGGCAACACGGAGGAAAGGACCAUCAACAACAAUCACAUGAACGACUCGCAGAGAGAUUUCGAGCUUGUGAAUCUGCUCACUGGAUGCUUAGAAGCAAUCAGAACAAGAAACAUAGCAGCCAUUAACCAUCUCAUUGCAAGAACAGGUGAACUUGCUUCUCCUAGAGGAACAACACCAAUGACUCGACUCAUAUCUUACUACACAGAAGCUUUGGCUCUAAGAGUUUCACGUAUGUGGCCUCACAUCUUCCACAUCGCACCGCCUCGCGAGUUCGAAAGAACCCUCGAGGACGACGACGCAUGGAGGUUCUUGAACCAAGCGACACCGAUCCCAAAGUUCAUUCACUACACAGCCAACGAGAUGCUACUCAGAGCGUUCGAAGGGAGAGAGAGAGUUCACAUCAUCGACUUCGACAUCAAGCAAGGCUUACAAUGGCCCAGCUUCUUCCAAAGCCUAGCUUCAAGGUCAAACCCACCGCGACACGUGCGCAUCACGGGCGUCGGAGAAUCAAAACUCGAGCUCAACGAGACGGGAGACCGUCUUCACGGGUUCGCAGAGGCGAUGAAUCUCCCGUUCGAGUUUCAUCCCGUCGUUGAUAGACUCGAGGACGUUAGGCUGUGGAUGCUUCACGUCAAGGAAGGCGAAGCCGUCGCUGUGAACUGCCUCAUGCAGAUGCACAAGACGCUUUACGACGACGGGACAGGAGGAGCCGCGUUUAGGAACUUCGUGGGUUUGGUCAGAAGCACGAACCCAGUCGCGGUCGUUAUAGCCGAACAGGAAGCGGAACACGACUCGGCGCAGCUCGAGACGCGUGUCUGUAACUCGCUCAAGUACUACUCGGCGGUUUUUGACGUGAUGCACACGCAUCUCCGUGCGGAUAGCUUGAUGAGAGUCAAGAUCGAGGAGGUUUUGUUCGGGAGAGAGAUCAGGAACAUUGUAGCGUGCGAAGGAAGUCAUCGGCAAGGGAGGCAUGUGGGUUUUGGGCAGUGGAGGAGGAUGAUGGAGCAGUUAGGGUUCAGGAGUCUCGGAGUCUCAGAGAGAGAGGUUUUGCAGAGCAAGAUGCUGCUUAGGAUGUAUGGAGAUGGUGAUGAGGGAUUCUUUAAUGUGGAGAGGAGCGCUGAAGACGGUGACGGCGGAGGAGUCACGUUACGGUGGUUGGAACAGCCGCUUUACACAAUCUCGGCUUGGGGAAUUGGAGGAAGUUCUUCGUUUUGAGAUAAAAGAAAGUUUAUAGGGUUUAGAGACUUUUUAGAGAAAAGGAUAAAUGGGUUUUUAUUUAUUAAGAUAGCGAGGAACAAAAAAAAAAAAAAUUGAUUUUAUUCUUUCAUUCUUUUUGCUUGGGUAGGAUUUUUUUUUUUCUUUAUAUGAAAAACUUGAAGGGUUAGAAGAAAUAUUUUGUACUAGUUUGAAUUUUUAAUAUAUUUUUUCUUAUCAAUAACAAAGGUGAAGUUAUUUUAUAAGCGUAGUGAUAAUCUACUUUAUUAGUUUUAUUUUCUUUUGGAGAAAUUCCUAAAAAUAGUCAUAAAUAGUUUUAUCAUAAAUAUAGUACACAAGAUCAAAAUUCAAAAUGAUCAAAAUGUUUCGUUAAAAAGUUAGAAAAACACUUAUAGCCUUAAAUGGUUUCAAAAUGAUUUUUACUUUUUUAAUGAAAUUUUUUUUGGUCAUUUCUUUCCUUAUGUGAUCUAGUGGUAAAAAAAAAUGUCAUUUUAAAAUAUUCUAUGAAAUUUUCCCAA